AUGAUUCCCCAAGAAAAUGACUUGAGUUAUUCCCAAAGGAAGAAGGGUUGUAAGAAGAGUCUGCCAGAAAGAAUGAACAGCAUAUGUAAAGGCCCUGAUUUGGGAGAGGAGCACGACACAUUCAAAAGAGUCAGAGAAGAAUAUUGCCGGGAUAACUACAAAAAAAAUUCAGUUGCCAUCACUGAAGAAGAAUGGGCAUUCACUGACUGUAAUCUAAAAGAACAGACAUCAAAGAUGAAAAAGAGAGGACAAGAUGAGUGCCUUUUCCAAUACAGUAGAGUAACUUCUGUCUCUCCUCACAUUGUCUGCUUCCUGACCAGACAGCGAGCUCCUGGAAGACUCAUUGAUCUCAAGACUCUCAAGGUUUCCCCAGCCCCACACUCUUCUCCGUGGUUAAUCCCUCGGGGAGGGGAAUCGAAUUUUCUGUGGCUGCAUCUAGGGUUAAUAAGAAGGCAACCUUGA